CUGGACAUCUGGCCAUCUCGCUAUGUUACUCGCACUCACCAGCGUCGCAACGCUCAUCUGCGGGUGCACAGCUACGCUCGCUGCGCUCGCCUCGCACGCCUCGCACGCCCCGCAGACCGUCUUGAGCAGCUCACUCCCCGCGGACCCGUACCCCACGCAGCCCCUCGUGCACUUCAACCCCUCCCAGCGCUUCAAGAUCAUCGUCGUCACCGACACUCACCUCCUCGAUGGCAACGGCUCCUCCAAGCCCGAGGACAUCGCCCGAGUCAACGCCAUGAGCCAACGCGCGGUGCGCACCUACAUCCGCGACGAGGGCCCAGACUACGUUGUCCACCUCGGCGACUUCGUCAGCGGCGAGUUCGCACACAGCGAGCUCAACGUCAGUCGAGCAGUCACGCAGAUCCUGGAGCCCAUCGCCGAGGCGGGAAUACCGCUGAGCUCGACAAAGGGCAACCAUGGCAACGACAAGUACUCCACGCACUUGUCCAUCUCGCAAUACGAGCACGCCGUAGCCGGCCCGCUCUCUUAUACGCGCCAAGCCCCACCAGGCGUAGGCGGUGGCGACGUAGGAACCGACAACUACUGGGUCCCCAUCCACGCCAACGCCUCCUCACCUCGCGGGUCGCGCCCUGAGUUGAUCCUCUGGUUCUUCGACUCGCGAGGGGGAAAGACGACGAUUGCCAACUCGCCCUACGGGAAUGGGACGCAGGGCGACAUAGAGGAUUGGGUGCAUCCUACCGUUGGACCCUGGAUCGAAGCCGAGACGCGCAAGCUCACUCACGCGUGGGGUGAACCACUCCCCCCGUCCAUCGUCUUCACGCACAUUCCCGCUCACGCUUUCGCGCAGGCGCAGACUGACAAACCGUACGGUCCCAGUCACGUGGGCGGUAUCACCUCCGAGAAUGAGGGCAACUUCACAGUGGUCAACAGGACGACGUACCCCGGCUUGAAUGCCGACGUGGGAUUUGGGGGACAAGGUGGAGAGUAUACCAAUUACAAGCGCCAGGACCGCGUCUACCUGGACGCUUUCCUGGGCAAAGACGGGCCCACUGCCAAGGGUAGCAGGCUGCAUGCCAUCGUAUCCGGUCAUGAGCAUGGCAACGACUGGUGCAGUCCCAGCCAACUCAGAGCGCAAAAUGGCGAGCAGAUCGUACCCGUCUGCUUCGCAAAGCAUUCCGGCUUCGGCGGGUACGACGAGACGUGGUGGGCCCAAGGUGCCCGCGUCUUCACCUUCGACCGCGAUAACAUAGACAAGGGGGUAGGCACGCACGUGCGCUUCCUCUCUGGGGAGAAGCGAUAUGCGACCGAGCUGACGGACAAGUGGACGAAGCUCGUGUCGCGCAGCUGAGGUGGCGGUGGGCACUGCCUCAUGUCAUCUCUCGAGUUGCUAAUCUUAUUGUCGUGGUAUAUACCAAUCUACAACAUCGCCUGCGGCACGCCGACAUCGCGCGCAUGCCUACACGAAGCCCG